CUGAGCUCUAGGCCUUGUAGCAUUAUAUUCAGUUAUGUCUGGCCGCGGAAAGCAAGGAGGCAAGGCCCGCGCCAAGGCCAAGUCGCGGUCGUCCCGCGCAGGUCUGCAGUUCCCGGUGGGGCGAGUGCACCGUCUCCUACGCAAAGGCAACUACGCUGAGCGGGUGGGGGCUGGUGCCCCCGUGUACAUGGCGGCAGUCCUUGAGUACCUGACCGCCGAAAUCCUGGAGCUGGCGGGCAACGCGGCCCGAGACAACAAGAAGACGCGCAUCAUCCCUCGUCACCUGCAGCUGGCUAUCCGCAACGACGAGGAACUGAACAAGCUGUUGGGCAAAGUCACCAUCGCCCAGGGUGGCGUUUUGCCCAACAUCCAGGCCGUUCUAUUACCAAAGAAAACCGAAAGCCACAAAGCCAAAAGCAAAUAAAUCCAGACAAAGUGAACCAAAGACCAAAGGCUCUUUUUAGAGCCACCCAAGUUUUCAAAAAAAGAGCUAAUGCGCUGUUUCGUGAUCAGCCCUUCAUUUGACACUUUGGUGGCUCUUAAAAGAGCCUUUGGGGUGAGUGGGGUUGGUGUCAAGCCUCCUAAUUACUUAUUCUUGCCAGGCUUGUGACUCUCCGUUUUCUUGGGCAACAAGACUGCCUGGA